AUGUCAAAGCGAGCAUGCGGAGGAUCGGCGGGUAACAAGUUCAGGAUGUCUUUGGGUCUUCCAAUGGCUGCGACGGUGAAUUGCACCGACAACACCGAGGUAAAGAACCUUUACAUCAUUUCAGUGAAGGGAAUGCAGGGUAGGCUCAAUCGUCUCCCUUUUGAUUGCGUCGGUGACAUGGUUAUGGCCACCGUCAAGAAGGCGAAGAAUGAUGUGGAGACUGAUGGAAUGAAUGAUGUGGAGAAUGAUGUGGAGACUGAUGGGAUGAAUGCUGUAGAGAAUGGUGUGGAGACUAAUGUAGAGACUGAUGGGAUGAACCGUCAGUGA